AUGCUGCCAGCGCGUUUUAGCCUCAUGCAGGCACCCCUUGCAGAACCCCGAGCCGCGGACAGCAAUGUGAAAACAAUCCUCAUGUCGUGUCUCAAAGGGCAACAGGUCAUCAUCAAAAUGGAGGCGAUGAAGAUCAUCCACCCAGAGAAGUUCUCGGAGCUACAGGCCUCCCAGCCACGCUACACCUCAGCGCCCCGCCGGGAGCCCCCUCUCGUGGCCAAGCGCGCCUGGCCGUCAGAGUCCGAGAUCAUUGUCAAUCAGGCGUGCGGGGACAUCCCUGCCCUGGACAGUAACCCUGGCUCUCUGGGGCUGCCCCGGACUCCGCCCCUGCCGCGGCGAGAGCGAAUAUACCAAGCGCAGCGCAAGGGCAGCUCGGAGGUCUGUUACCACCGCCAGCCGCCCUCAGACGAGGUGAUCGUUAACCAGUACGUACUGCACCCCUCCACGCCGUGCGAGCCCCUCGAGUGCCCCACCUGCGGCCACAUGUACAACUUCACCAACAAGCGGCCCCGCAUCCUCUCCUGCCUGCACUCGGUGUGCGAGGAGUGCCUGCAGAUCCUCUAUGAGUCCUGCCCCAAGUACAAGUUCAUCUCCUGCCCCACCUGCAAGCGGGAAACCGUGCUCUUCACCGACUACGGGCUGGCUGCGCUGGCGGUGAACACCAGUAUCCUGAACAGACUGCCCGCUGAGGCCCUGGCCGCCAACCCUGUGCAGUGGAGCAGCGACGCCGACCGCAGCUGCUAUCAGACCUUCCGCCAGUACUGCGGCGCUGCCUGCACCUGCCACAUCCGAAAUCCACUGUCUUCCUGCACCAUCAUGUAA